CGCCCCGCCAGAUGGCGGUAUAGCUAGAGUUGUGUUGAAUCUUCGUUGUCUUUGUGCAGUCGAGGAAGUCAAGAUGGCAGCCACCGUGAAGGGACCUGUAUCCGUUGAAGAUGUGAAUGUCACUUUUGAAGACCAGCAGAAGAUCAAUAAAUUUGCCAGGAACACGAGCCGGGUGACGGAACUCAAAAGUGAAAUCGAGACAAAGAAAAAGUCACUGCAAAACCUACAGGAUGCCAGCGAUGAACUAAUGAUGUUAGACGACGACUCUCUGCUGAUCCCUUAUCAGAUUGGUGACGUCUUUAUCGGCCACACCCAGGAGGAAACGCAAGAGAUGCUGGAUGCUGCAAAGGACGCACUGCAGCAGGAGGUCAAAGGCCUGGAGGAUCAAGUGUCAGCGAUACAGCAAGUGUUGGGGGAUCUGAAGGUCCAGCUCUAUGCCAAGUUUGGUAACAACAUUAACCUGGAGGCAGAUGAAAGCUGAGCAGUUAAACGGACAUUGACGGCUGCCCAGACGUGGACUUUGUCCUCACAGCUCUCAUAACACGUCGGCAGAACUUCACCAACCAAAGCAUCUACUGUACACAAACAGCUUAGGUUUGUAGCUUCUGGCAUUUGUUUACAUCAAUAGUGUAACCUAUUUUAAUCUGCCCCUUAUUUAAUGUUCAUGUUUCCUUUUACCCUGUUGCUCAAGCUGCAGUAAAAAGAAGAGAAACAACUUGCUGCAUGUUUGACUUCUCUAAAGGCUGGAUGAAAUUAGCACAGCUGAGCUCUCUGCUCAACCUUAUUAGCAGUUAUAUCAGUUAAGCCUUCAAACUAACACAAAGUUGAUUAAAUCAGUGCCCUCUGUCAUUGAGCUGUCUUUUUUUUAUAAGAAACAACAGAAAAAUGAGAGGCUACAAAUAUAUACGUGUGAGAAAUGUAGUCACAAACUGAGCUAGCAUACAUUCACAUCUCUGUAAAUAAGUUCUCUUUGUAAUCUGUCAACACAGUGUUUGAUUAGACAAUUUAUCAGAUGAAUGACUAGAAACCUAGCUCUGAAAUCCACUGAGAUGUCUGAGACUGAAUUAAAGGUGUCAUCAUUCUACACUACACUACACAGAGUUUGCCAUUUGUGCAGUUGUAGAUGAUAUGAAGACUU